ACAACGUACCGAAUGUUCUUUCAGGAUUACGAAUCCAAACAUGGCGGGAGAAGCAGAAGGUAGCAACGUGAAAACAGCCUUCGCUAUUGCAAACCUAUUUAUUAUUUUUCCAAAAGUAAGAUCCUAAGGGAAGCUUUAUAAGGGCUUGAUUCUGCAUCCCCAUGAGUUCCUCAAAGAAUGAUAUGCGAAAUGCUAGCUUUGCAUCAAAUGACGACAACACUUCGAAGAGAACUGGAUUUUGGGAAUAUCAUGGACUUGCACGCGACGGAAUAAAUCUCCUUCUAAACAAUGGCUUUGAGGAAUCGCAGAAGCUCUUCAAAAAUCACAGUAAUGGUAGCCCUCUGAUGAGUGCAGGGUCAGGGAUGGUGGAUUUUGUUCAAGCCAUUCUUACAUUUGAGGAUGACCAGUUAGAUCGAGCCCUUGAAAGCCUCAAAAGAGCUCAGAAAACCUGCUGUGUUGAAGGGAGUAAAAAGACAGGUUUGGCCAUGGAUGAGCGUCUGAUGCGCCAGAUCCUGUAUGCUGACUGUGAGUUGUAUAUGGCGUUGUUAACCUUUUUAAAACAAGGCAUCACAGAUUAUAUAAAGGGUGGCUAUCUUAUGCGACGUGCAUGGAAGCUUUAUGAUAAGUGUUACCGUGAGAUUAGUGCUAUUGGUGGCCCUUUCCUCAGCUGGGCACCUGAACUUGUUAGGGUGCAGGAAAACGGCGCAUCCGAGUCAAGUCAGGAAGAGAUUUCAGACACUAUGAUUGAUGAAGAGCUAGACUAUCCUAUGGAUGAACUUCCUGGCCCGUCAAGUCAAUCAAAAGAAUAUGCUGUAACCGCUGAAGCCCUUUGUCACCUCCAGGCGGCCGUAUCUUGCGGUUAUGGCCUGUUCCAUCUAGCCAUCUCACUUGUCCCACCAAAGCUCUUAAAGUUUUGUCAAUUGUUGGGAUUUUCUGGCAAUAGAGAUGUAGGCCUACAGGCCCUGCAGAUAGCCAGUCAGAGUGAAGAUAUGAAAGCUCCCGUUGCCAGACUGACACUACUCUGGUAUCAUGCCGUCAUCAGGCCGUUUAUUGCUCUCGACGAGGGCAGUAAUGAGGAAGCAGCUAGUGACAGUCAGUCAGUGUCAGCUGGGCACUUGAGUAUCACAGGCGGUCUUGCCGAUGCCACAGCAAUAUUGGAAGAGUCUUCACAAGAGUACCCCUCAUCUGCCGUAUUCUUAUUUUUUAAAGGACUUGUUUCCAGACUUAAGGGUGACGCAAGGCUUGCACUACAAGAAUUCCAUGAAGCUAUGUUGGCAGCUGCCGACCAAAAGGAAAUAGCACUCAUCUGUCAAUAUGAGAUAGGGUGGUGCCAUCUCCUUCAGCUUGAAUGGGAGUAUGCCUUGCCUGCUUUUUUCAGGUUGAAGGAGGACUCGAAAUGGUCUCAAGGUUACUAUGCGUAUCUAUGUGGAGUUACUAUCGGACUUCUGGGUAGCACAACUGAAGCCCAGACACAAUUCAAAUCUAUCUCUAAACUUGUAAAAAAGAAGACCCCAUUGGAGGAAUUUCUAUGUAGAAAGGCAGCUUUGUACAAAAAGACCCCACCAAGUGAAGAUGACUGUCUUCUGUUAGCGCUGGAACUACUCUAUGUAUGGAGAGCAUUCUACACGUGUAGUCAGCCUGUUUUACAUAAAAUGCUACAAGACUUGCGGAACUCAAAGCCAAGCCCUCAGCUGAUUCCCCUAAGAUCGCUCAUCCAGGGCUCAGUACAUCAGAUCCUUCGAAACGAUGAGUUGGCAGUACAGUGUUUUACAGACGCGCUGGUAAAGUCUGGUCGCUCGCCCCCAGACCCCCACGUACCGCCGUUCGCGACGUAUGAACUUGGAGUUCUCUACGCACAAAAAGAAAGGACCGCUGAAAAGGGGGAGGAGCUACUUAAACGUGUCAAGGAUCAGUUCAGCGGUUACGACUUCGAGAACCGCCUUGGCUUCCGUGUUCACGCGGCCCUCGCGAGGAUCGAGGAGAAAAAGCUUUCCCAACCAUCCACGCGAAAAAAGACUCCAUAGGAGAAAGAUGGGUCUAGUUUGGUUGUAGUUAGAAGUGCGUAUAAUAUUUAUUAACCUUAAACGAGUGUGUAACACUUGGACUUGUAAGAUAACUGGACACAAUGGCCAGUGAAUGGUUGUGUUUUACGCUUUAAAUUUCUUAGCCUCCAUUUUGAUGAUUCACUGUUUAUAAAUCAAUUUAAUGCCAAUUAGUGUAAAUGAAAAAUGAUAAGUUUUAGAUAGAAUAAAAUGCCACACUUAGAGCCCAUUUGCACAAGGCAAAAUUUUGUUUGUUUUGCAAAAGUAUCUCCCAAUAACAAGCCUUUUUUUCAGAUAAUCAAAACAAAAAUUGUCAGAUUUUACCAAAACUUCUAAGAAGCGUGUGUUGCUUUGGUUGCCACGAAAAUAUUGGUAUUUCGAAAACUCGUUUUUGUUGGUAGCAUCAUGGCUCUAAGAGAUCACGUGAGAGAUCACGUGACUGUUUGGGCGGCAAACAAACACGCUAAGGCUUUUAGAGGCAAAAUAGCAGCCACCAAAAGCAACUUAUUUAGCACUGAGGAAGAGAGCCAGACUUUUUUAUAGAAAAGGUUUUAGUUACAUUUGAAUAUUUUAUUUUUUUCGUCGUUCAAUGGUGUGACAGGCGCAGUCAUUUAUGUGAUUACUUUGGUUUGAAUUUGCCACACAGAAAGGUCAUAUCCUCUAUUCAUUUAAUUGAACGAUAAAAACGCACUUAUCGCCGCCCUUCGCGGUGGAAAGGCAUUAGAAAUUCGUAGAAGCUAGUGCAACCACGGUUCAAAUGGAGAAAACUUGGGAAUUUUGUCAAGAUUCAUCAAAACUUUUUCGUUCUAGUGUAAAUGGAGCCUUAGAUGUUCUGAUUUGCUUGUAAAACAAACACUACUGUGUUGUAGUUGAGAGCACAGAAAAAAAAAUAACAGACGAUAGUCCUUUCGGCUUAUACUUGAUAUCUAUUUAUAUGAAGUUGUCUAUUUACUUCUUGCAUACAAAAAUAAAUGGCUCUAGAUGUCAUUUAGAAAAUCUAUGUGUUUAAAAUAUUCACUGUAACAAAGUGGAGUCGUGUGUCCCGUUCUAUUCCUUAUGUCAGCGUUAUGUACAGUUGACAGCAAUAAAGUUGAUGCUGGAUA